AUGUCUGUGUGGAAAAAGGCGGCAAAAGCGCACCAGAAAACCCAUAGGGAACGCCAUCAACCCGAGGAACGCCAACACUUGGGGCUGCUCGAGAAAAAGAAAGAUUAUCAAAGACGCGCCAAGGACUACAAUGAAAAGAAGGCCACCCUACGGUUGCUGCGGAAGCGCGCUCUGAAUAAAAACCCAGACGAAUUUUACCACCACAUGAUAAAUUCGAAGGUGGAGAAUGGGGUCCAUUUUGAUAGAGUCACUGAACCGGAAGACACACCAGACCAGAUUGAUUUGAUGCGGACACAAGAUUUAAAGUAUGUCACAACAAAACGAACACAGGAGCAGAAAAAGAUCGAGAAAUUACAGGCGCAGUUGCACCUUACAAGUGUGAAUCAUAAAUUCAAAAACAAACAUAUUUAUUUUGGUAAAAGGGGGGACAAGGCGAAAUCGGAACAAGCAGCAUUAGAUAUUUUAGCUAUCACGGAACUGCCCGACAUUGAUAUAGAGGAUUUGCAGAAAUCGGCCCGUUCUCGAGAAGCUCUCUACAGGGAACUGGAGAAAAGGAUCAAUAGGGAAAAGGAACUAGCUAUAGUGCAGAGGAAGCUGGAGUUGGCGAAAGCUGUUGAUGGCAAAAAGACCACAUUGCCACCCAAGAAGCUGAAAAAUGGGACCAAGGAUAGCGCUCCCGUGUACCUAUGGAAAUAUGAACGUAAAAAGUGA